UAUCAACAUCCAACUAUUGUUGGAGUGGAAACCACCAUGAAAGGUGUAGCGAGAAUCACCACGCAGCUCACAAAGAAGUGAAUCCUUCCACAGGAUAGACCCAAGGCAGAGACAAAGAGGCCUUCAGGUGUAUAAAACAGCUCUCUCCGUCAUCAUGUCUUACUUGCUGUUUGGCACAAGUUACAUAUGAUCGUAUAUCAGCCAUGUUGUCAGCAAUCACAUGGAACCAUCCAAGCACGCAACUGACGAGCCGAGGAUUCCUUCUGUCGAGCCAAACAACACAGAGGCAUCAUCCAGCGCUGCAUCCCAGGCAUCUGUUCCAUCGACAGCACACUCAGUGUCCGAGGCAACGUCGAGCUCAGACAGUUCUCCGGUGGAAAGUACACCUCCAUCCAAAUCAGAGUCUGCACCAGCAGACCCAGCACCACCGUCUCCUGGAUUCAACCCAGAAGACUGGAGCGCCCCAAUCGCCCACACCUACACCGGCACUACGGUCCUCAACUUCCCCGACGACAUGCACACCGUCACCAUCCAGGGCGCGCGAUUCCUCACCCACAUCUACACCUGCCCCGUCAGCGACCUAGACUGGGACAAAGCCAUCGCCAACAUGCUACAAUGGUGUGGUUUCGAGCAACACCGCCAGUACCCCCAUUCCCCCUCCUCGCAAGGCCACCCCGCACCAAUCCACGGCCUCCUCAAAUGCCCCCCCAUCGUCCAGAUCUUCACCUCCCUCCACCCCUCCACCUUCCCCACAAUCCCCUCAAGACUCACAACCACAGGCAAAUUCGUCCGCUACCAACCCGCCCAGAAAUCCCACUUCCACAUCCCGCACGACCUCCGCGAGCUCCCGGAGCUUUAUCACGGUGUUAUCCAGCACGAGGAGCCCGACGACUCGACAGAGGAUGUGCCGAAUCUCUCGUGGCUGUUUGUCGAGCAGUACGCGCCCAAGAAGUGGCGGUGGUAUUUAAACCGGCGGACUGUAUGGGAGGCGACGAGGCCGAGGCUGUCGGAGGAGCAGAUGGAGAUUUGGUGAGGUAAGGAUUCGUUUACUGUGUCUUAUAGUAAGGUAGGUGGUGGUGUUGUUUCGAGAGGCUAGUUUGAGCAUAGCUUGAUAACUAUUGUUAAGAUCUAAAGUUUAUAUCGAAUGUAAUCUCCGUCCGGC